UGAUCAACAAACAACUUGACAGAGCUUGAAUAAUAUUUUUAAGAAUAAUGGGCAAGUAUUGUAAAAUCCAGCUAUGCAAAGCUCUUAAGAGACUUACCCAAAAACACUCACAGCUGUAAUCACUGCCAAAGGUGAUUAUAACAUAUUGACUUACGGGGUGAUUACUUACUUAAUCAAGAUAUAUUCGUGUUUUAUUUAUUAUUUUUAUCAUGAAAUGUUUCUUCCACUUUGACCUUACAUAAUAUUGUGUGUGGAACUUUGACAAAAAGGACAAGUAAAUCAAUGUUAUUCUUACUUUGUAACAUAACAAAAUGUGUAACAAAUCAAGUGGUCUGAAUACUUUCUGAAGGCUGUGUACAUGCUAUAAACAUAGCCAAACGGUGUCCUACUAUGUUUCAUAUCUAAUCCAUGUAAUAACCUGUUAUCAGAGUUAGGUAGCAAAGAAAUGUAGGUUAUGCUGCAUAUGGUACAUAUAUUUUGUGCAUCCACAUGCUGUGAAAAAUAAGUAGCUUACGUUAAUCAGGCAACGACAUGCUUUUGCUUCAACCCAGAUGUUUCAUCUGUAGCCUGUUGGUAGCAACACAACAAUUAGAAGGGAGAAGAGAGUGUGUGAGAGAGAGAUGGACUACAUUUAUUCAUCCAGUACAUUCUAUUGAGAGUUGUAUUUACCCAUAAGAGUCUCGUGUGCGUUUUGCUCUGGUUUCGUUUUGCAUGUGGUUUCUGCAGAGUGAACGAGUCUCGAGGGCCGGGGGAAAGGUGGGUAGGGGGUAGGCAGCAUCGCACGAGCUGUGCAUUCGUAGGCAGAGGCAGCGACAGAGGCACAGCACCAGCUAGAUGCGCGCGGAGGGCACAGCAGAACAGAGUCGAGCAGAACGAGAGCAUGGUGGAACGCGCUGCGCGCACGGAGGGGAACGCGCUGAUUGACAGCUUCGGAGGCACGGAGCGCCCCACGCCGCACACGAACCGAGCCCGCUAAUCUGCCUGAACCGCUCUUGUCAAAAGCAUCUGUGCGAAAUAACCAUCCUCAUGCAUAUCAGCUACUAAACUCCGCUGACCGGAGCCUUGCAGUCAUCACUCAAUUGUGGGAAGAAAUCAACCGCACCACAUAGCAAGGUAUCAGGCGAUAGGCUAUUGCACUGUACCUUGGCUUUCUCCUUUUCACUCAAAACGGGACAGUCUGGAAGUAACUAACUAUUUGUUUUUUUUACUUCUUCAAUACUGAGGAUAACACAUUCUUGGCACUUGCUGAACGAUUGGUGAGAGCAGUUCUGUAAGGAGAGCGCUAAUGAGUUUUUUUUAGUAGACACAUUUAUUUGGAAUAUAUUCCCGCUAUCCAAGUGACAUUUUCAUUGGAUUCUCUGUUCAUUUUCUUACUUUGACUUUCUUUGAUCUCUGAUUGUUAUAGGUUGUUGCCUGCCGAAGGUAACGGCCAAAAUUAACCGAAAACAACCCAGAGAGGCAAAGAAGUUCAGUUCUGUGCGUUGGGUAUGAGCUCACUAUGUGUGUGGCUGUAGCUUCCCCAUUACUCCUUCUAGAACCGUAGCCAGACCGUGUGGUCGAGAAGUAGUUUAGCUUCUCUCUCCCUCUGUACGUGGACACUUAGAGCUAACACCUCGUUCUAUGGAGUAGAUCGUCCGGAAAGAGACUAAUAGAGCGUUCUCCUUUCCCCCGCCUGGUACCAACAGGCGGCUUUGGUCUAAAGGUUCUCCGGAGAAUGGUAAAUGACCGACGGGGAAUCAUGAACAGCACUUCGGAACUCGAAGAUGGACCACGGCAUAAAAACCAGACGUUCUGUGAGUGUGUACCCAGCACCUCCCAGCUUAAACACCGCUGGUCAGACUCAGACACAGUCAGAGAGACCCCAUCACCCACCAAGAGGAUGAGCUGCAGCUACCUCCUGUGCACCAUCCUCCUCUUCGUCGCCGUCCUUCUGGCCGUCACGGCAACCGGCACCAUCCUCUUCAUGAACCACUACCAGGCCCCGCCCAUGUCUGACGGCCCACCCCACAUCUCAACCAAUCCGGACGAGGCCAACGCCCUGGUAACCGUGGAGAGGGGCGACGGCUCGCGCAUCAACAUCUUCAUCGACCCCAACUGUCCCGACUACAACGGGAACUUCCUACGCCUGGAAGGGGUGCAGACAUCGCUGCUCCACUCGCUGACCGACCACGACACCGACCUGAAGUCUGUCAAAGGUCAAGACCGGGCGCUGCUGGUCAACCUAGCUGAGGAGGUGGCCAAACUGUCGGCCCAUGCUGGCCAGCUGAAGAUGGACUACGAGUCUCUGAGACGAGGCCAGGGGAGUCUGGGGCAGGACCUGAACACACUGCAGACAGAGCAGGGACGCCUCAUACAACUACUGUCUGAGAGCCAAAUCAACAUGGUGAAGGUGGUGAACACUGUGAGCGAUGCUCUCAGCUCCAUGCAGAAGGAGACAGGGGGACUGAAGGCUCGGGUCAAGGCUGACCUACAGAGGGCACCGGUCAGAGGGGCUCGUCUCAAAGGCUGUGCCAAUGGCUCUCGUCCUCGUGACUGUGGCGAUCUGUAUGCUAACGGGCAGAGGGAGGAUGGCAUCUAUUCUGUGUUUCCCACUCACUACCCCUCCGGCUUCCAGGUCUACUGUGACAUGACCACGGACGGAGGGGGCUGGACGGUGAUCCAGCGCAGGGAAGAUGGCUCGGUAAACUUCUUCAGAGGAUGGGACUCUUACCGUGAGGGAUUUGGCAAGAUCACUGGAGAACACUGGCUAGGGCUGAAGCAGAUUCAUGCCUUGUCCAUCCAGGGUAACUAUGAGUUGAGGAUUGACCUGGAGGACUUUGACAACAGUACAGCCUAUGCCCAGUACGAGACCUUUGGAGUGGGCCUGUUCUCUGUGGACCCGGAUGAUGAUGGAUACCCACUGACAGUUGGAGAUUACUCCGGAAACGCAGGCGAUGCUCUGCUCAAGCACAACGGGAUGAAGUUCACCACCAAAGACAAGGACAACGACCACUCAGAGAACAACUGUGCAUCCUUCUACCACGGCGCCUGGUGGUACCGUAACUGCCACACGUCCAACCUGAACGGACAGUACCUCCGCGGGCAGCACACCUCCUAUGCCGACGGCAUCGAGUGGUCCACCUGGACCGGCUGGCAGUACUCCCUCAAGUUUUCUGAGAUGAAGAUACGACCCGCGCGCGACGAGAGCAAAUGAGUAUAUGAGGCAAUAACAGAGGAAAGGAGUUGAAAGUGUUCAGAGUAAUAAAACCACACCCUCAGAUACUGUUUACUGACUGACUAAAAGGAUUGACAUCUUUGAUUGAUUUACUACUAUUCUCUACUGUUUCCUGUGGAGCCUUUGUCCCUCUCCACCACCUCCCAGCCCCGCCCAACUUCAUGUGCCCCAUCCCUACCCUUAGUCCCCUAUCGCCUACUAGUUUUGUGCUGAGGCUUUUUGUGCCCCCCUCCCCCCACACACUUCCUUCCCAACAACCUCAUGACCUCACUGGAUCAGGAAAUGAGUCUGAUUCACUCUGUUCCUCACUCUUUCUAUUAGUGCUUCAUUUAUAUCUAGUUAUUAGUCAAGUAUCUGUCUAUUCCUUCUGAGCCUUGAUCUUGUCCUUGACCUGUCUCCUGUGUUUGUUGUGCCCUGUAACCAGUAGUCCUAUUCCCACAGUCCUUUGCUGCGUUGCUGCCAGUCAGCGAAGCGUGGCGUUACCGUGUGACCUUAGAACAAGUGACUGAUUCAUGAUAUGUCAGAAACGGAGAUGUGACAUACAGUUGGCAC